AUGGUCUCUAAAAUCUUGACAUUCUCCAUCCUUGUCGGCAGCGCCCUUGCUGUCCCGGUUGAGGUUGACGUCGAGAAACGUAUCAACUGCCCGGGCGUCCACAUCUUUGGUGCGCGCGAGACCUCCGUAUCCCCCGGAUACGGUUCAUCCAGCACGGUCGUCAAUGGCCUCCUCAAUGCCUACUCGGGGUCUACAGCCGAGCCCAUUAGCUACCCCGCAUGCGGUGGGCAGUCGUCCUGCGGCAGCGUGAGCUACUCAAACUCAGUUGCCCAGGGCAUCGCAGCUGUUGCCUCGGCUGUGAACUCCUAUAACACACAGUGUCCAUCGACUAAGCUUGUUCUGGUCGGAUAUUCCCAGGGUGGUGAAAUCAUGGACGCAGCCUUGUGCGGCGGCGGCGUGCCCAACCAAGGAUACACCAACACCGCAGUGCAGCUGUCGACCUCUGCUGUGAACAUGGUCAAGGCAGCUAUCUUCAUGGGCGAUCCACUGUAUGUGGCAGGAUUGCCGUACGAUGUUGGAACUUGUGCUGCUGGGGGCUUCGACGCACGUCCUUCUGGCUUCUCUUGUCCAUCGGCUAGUAAGAUUCAAUCAUACUGCGACUCCUCGGACCCAUACUGCUGCAACGGCAGUAACGAUGCGACCCACCAGGGAUACGGAGCUGAGUAUGGCACACAGGCCAUUGCCUUUCUACCCCACCACGGAAGCCCAAGCUCCAAGCUUCCUCCAUUCCCCAUGGCCUCUCACAUUCCCAACCUAAACACUCUCCGACGAGGCCGAGGCCAAGGCCGUGGCAUAGGUCGCGUGGAAGAAACUGGACCUUCUAGAUUCCCUGGACUCCCUUCUGGAAAAGACCGCAUCGUUCAAGGCACGGACAAUGACGCAAGCGUAUCCCGCCUCAGCGCCGUCGAGCUAGGAUACCUAGAGGAUGCAUACGCAGCAGCAUUGGCACCUGUCGGGGCAGCGACGCGGAGAUUGCCAAUUAUUAAUAGAGGAACCUACGCCCGCACAACAGCGAUCGACCAGCUCGUGGCCCGUUUCCUCGGCCCGAGCUCAGCGGAAAAUAUACACAAGAAGCAAAUUAUAUCUCUAGGCGCUGGCUCGGACACACGCGUCUUCCGGCUUCUCUCGUCACGCCAACCCCCGGAUUUCGUUUACCACGAGCUCGAUUUCGCCGUCAACACGGCAGAGAAGAUCCGUGCGAUUAGGUCGGCACCUGUACUACAGAGCGCGCUUGGGAUUGACUCGACGGAGGUUUCGUCGGAAAAGGAUACUCGAGUUACCGUGUCGGAGGCCGGGGACGCGCUUCAUUCGCCCUCGUACCAUGUCCACCCGGUUGAUCUACGGUCGCUGUCGACAUGCAGUGACCCUGCUGGAGUACUGCCAGGCGUGGAGACGGAAUUGCCGACUCUGCUGAUCUCUGAGUGCUGUUUGGUCUACCUAUCGCCCAUUGAAGCGGAACAGGUGGUUGCGUUCUUCACGCAGCGCCUUUUUGGUCAUGGGAAUCCAGUAUCUGGGCCUGGAGAUAUAUUGCAGGCGGCGCAGCCGAAUGUCGCUCCGCUCGGAUUGAUUCUUUAUGAGCCCAUUCGGCCGAAUGAUGCAUUUGGUCGUACGAUGGUGUCGAACCUUGCGGCGCGGGGCAUCCAACUGAAGACCCUACCUACGUAUGCGUCGCUUGAGGCGCAGAGAGGCCGAUUCCAAGAUCAGGGCUUUGGGGAUGGCCAGGCUGCGGCUGAUAUUGAGUUUAUCUGGAAGCGGUGGGUUAAGAAUGACGAGAAAGAAAGAGUUGCUGGACUGGAGAUGCUCGAUGAGAUGGAGGAGUGGGAGUUGCUUGCACGGCAUUAUUGUAUUGCUUGGGGAUGGAGAGACCGUCAUGAUGUCCUGGCUUUUGCUGGGUGGAAGGACCUCGAAGGCCAACCAGGCGAGUAG